AUGAGGGUUUGGGGGGAGUCAUGGUGUUUUUGUAAUGGCGGAGGCAAGACGGAGAGAAUUAAGGCCGCCAUUUUUUCCGGUAAAGGUCCGUCCAUGGCCAGAAUUGCUUCAGGUGGAACUGGUUUUUUGAUCCACCGGAAUCUACUCCUCACCACCCAUGUCAACCUCCCUUCUGUUGCUGCUGCUGAGGCCGCUGAGAUCCGCCUACAGAAUGGCCUCUCAGCUUCACUUUUCCCUCAUAGGUUCUUCAUUACAAGCCCUGUUCUUGAUUUGACAAUAGUGGGCCUUGAUACCUCGGAUGGAGACUCAAUGUCAGUGCAGCAACAUCACUACUUGAAAACAUGUUCGAAACCAAAUUUGGAUCUAGGAACUGCAGUUUAUCUUUUGGGCUACGCUGCAAAGCAGGAUCUGACUGUAGGUGAAGGAAAGGUAGUAAUAGCCACUGAUAAUCUUAUAAAGUUGUCUACUGAUGGAGCAACUUGGAGCCCAGGUUCUGCUGGUUUCGACGUUCAUGGAAAUCUUGCAUUUAUGGUUUGUGAUCCUAUGAAACUUGCCACGUCGCCAAACACCAAAUCCUCUUCAACUUCAUCAUCAUCGACAUCAUCAUGCAAGAAGGAUUUUCCUAUGCAAUUUGGUAUUCCUAUCCCCAUCAUCUGUGAUUGGUUAAACCAGCAUUGGGAGGGGAAUCUCGAUGAACUCAACAAACCCAAAUUACCUAUAAUUCGCUUGAUGUCUUCUGGUCAGAAAAGUGAGCAUUCUUGUGCAUCCUUCACGAUGCGGCGAGUUUUUAAGUCCACGGAAGGUGAGAAUGAGGGAACUCCAUCAUCAUCAAAUGUUAUUCCCAAACUUGGAGAGCAGCCUGGACCAAGCUAUACUGCUGUUGUGAAUACUUGUGAGGAUGAGACCUUGACUGCUGCUCCACGUGCGAAGACUCGUGUACAGGGGAUUCCUACUCCAGAAAUCUACAAUUCCCCGAAGUUGACUUCAGUCCCAGUUGGGAAGAGGGAAAGUAACCAAUAUCAACCUUUAGACAUCAAUUUUCCAGCAAGAAUUGCUAAAGCUAGAGUUUCAUCAUCACCACCAGUGAGGAAAAUGCCCUCCAAGUGUGAUGAAAAUUUUGUCGAGCAGACCUCACUGCCGCAGCCACUAGAAGGAGAACAACAUAGUGACAGAGUCCUAUCUGACCCCAUGCUAGAUGCUGAGUCAACAGGAUCUGUUAACGUGGCCCAGAGCAAUGUCCAAUUAUGUUCAUCCCCCAUUGAGUUCUCAGAGUUCCAGCAUGAAUACAGUAGCGAAGGUGAAACUACCAUGUAUUCUGCCGAAACUGCUGAAAGUCGUAACUACCCUAGUCCUAGAGGGGGAAGGUUUCAACAAGUUGGAAGGAGUCAAAGUUGUGUAAAUUACAAUAGAUGGGAGGCUGUGCAGAAAAAUCCAGUUGCUCAUAGGACAAUGCCAGAAAAGCAGAGAAGCUUUUUGCAAGGAAGGAAUGUGUACUCACAAGGCGCAACGUCUCAUAGGAGUAAUGACUUCUUCAGUCCCACAGUUUCUUCAAUCAUGAAGAAGCGGAACAACUUGGAGCGGCAGCCAAACAGGCCCCGACCAAGUGCAGUCCAUUCAUCUCCGAGAUGGAUGUUUUAA